AUGUCUUGCCACAACUUCUGCUCUGACAACUGCAGCUCAGGAUCUCUCCGCAAUUCCUGCCACCUUCCGCUGGUCCCCUCCAUGGCCGUCUGCUCUUCAAACAUGAACUGCGGCGGCGAGGUCUUCCACUUACCCAGAAGCUGUCAAGACCACACCUGCUUCGGGGACAACUGCCAGGAGAGCUGCCAACCGGCAGGCCAGGAGUGCAACAACUUUGAAACUUCCUGCUACCCUUCCACCACCUACUAUAUGCCCAGACCCUGCCAGGGAACUGGCUUUUCUCCAGCGUCUUCCCUCAUCUCGUCUUCCUGUCUUCCUGCAUCCUGUAGACCUCUGAGCUAUGUGUCUAGCAGCUGUCACCCAGUACGCCCUCUGUUCAACAGCUGUCAGCCUGUGGGCUGCGUGUCCAGUGGCUAUCGCCCCUUUGUCUGUUUGCCCAACAGCUACCGACCUCAGAGCCUCUUGACUUCGGGAUGCCGCCCCCUGGGGUGUGUGGCCUUUGGUCCUCAAACGGUGUCCAUAGUGUCCAGCAGCUUCAGACCUCUGCAGCCUCUCUCCAGUGGUUGCCAGCCUCUCACCCCUGUGUGCGUCACCUGCCGGCCAACUUGCUGUGCACAGGGUGGGCAGUAA